AUCAGCCAAGCAGCUCACCUGAAAGUGAAGGGCUGUGGUUUGUGUUUAAAAUGUGAGGAAAGAGACAGAGCAGGGGCAGCGGGAGGAAGAAGAAAACAGACAGGAGGGAGAAAAAGGAAGUAGUUUGCUGUUUCACACACUGGUGGUGAAGUUGAGCCCCUCACAAGAAUUCUCCUGGCUAUGUCCGCCAUCUGGAAUGUCGAGUCACUUCCUCUGUCUGCCCUGCGCUCUAACGGGGUUGUCCUCUGCCUUUCUGCUCCCUCCCUCUGCUCUGACAGCACUCUGAAGAACCACUGGAGACCACGCCAAGGCAGACGGGACUCUUCUGACAAGACACACACGCCAGCACACAAACAUCCAGCAUGAAAGCAAGACCCCUGGAGUAGCCUGCAUCCAAGCAGACUUAGUCUAAAUGGAAUCUGGGCUUGGAAGAAGCAAAGACAACUGCAGUCAUCAGCUGAACUUUUUGGAGGGUGUUUCUUUUCCCUUAUAUGGCAACAGAGCUGGGAAAUCAUUUGAAUUAGUCUGGUUUCUGUUGCAUGCCUGUCUGGUUUUAGUGCUGACUGAGUUCCAUCUGGUAUGUUUCUGCCUCUGCUGUGUGCGUGUGUGACUGAGUAGGCGCUGUGUGUGCGGCUUGAUUUGUUUGUUUUGCCAUUCUUGGUUCUUCUUUUCCUGUUGUUUGCAUGUGGGGCUUUUGUUUUGGGACAAGAGGAGGGCUUGUGUUUGUGGUUAAGCUAGAGGCACCGUCAUUGCCUCAGGGGUGGCUGCUUCAUUCAGGCUCUGCACCUCUCGCUGUUUUUUUUUUCUUCUACCUCUAUCUGUCUCCCUGCCUCGCACAGCUGUGGUGGUCUGUGUUUGUUGGAGCAACACACCCACCUGGGCGCAGCAACUUGCCACCAAAAGCUGCAACUAGAUCUCUCUACACGAGGAUAUUACCAGAAAGGUGGACCGGAGCUCCUGCUGAGGAUAAGGUUGUUGUCGGAUUGGACUACCAUAACAAUUAUCUGGAUGUUUCCUCUUUCUUCAUUCAGCACAACAGCAUGUGCGACCCAGAAGCAACCAGCAAGGACCCAGGAAGUGCUAGCUGAUAGGUGUGUCUGUCUGACAAUUUGGUCAUGAAGGAAAUCACUAAAGCACACUUCAAACACUAAAGUACACCACUCAGCACACUGUGCUGCUGAUGACUUGAGCGACAGACCUCCGGUGUGAUGCCAUCUGAGCAGGCCUGACACAAUACAAUUGCAUUAAACUUGUGUCACGUCAAGUUCAUCGCCUCAUGUGGAUUAUUUUCAUGAACAUAUCUCUCAAAAUUGAUUGCCAUGGCUUCAACAGCAUGGUACCAUCGUGACAUCAGCCGUGUGCAUGCAGAGGACUUGUUGGCACGAGCAGGGAGGGAUGGCAGCUACCUAGUGAGAGACAGUGAGUCUGUGCCAGGAGCCUAUGCAUUGUGCCUGCUGUUCCAACGUCAUGUUCACACUUAUCGUAUUCUUCCUGACGCAGAUGGUCUUCUAGCAGUUCAGACAACACAGGGGGUGCAGGUGAAUUGUUUUCGGACACUGGAGGACUUGGUGUUGGGAUACCAGCACCCCCACAAAGGCCUGGUCACUCCUCUGCUCUACCCCGUUCCCCGUGAUACAGACACCGGGGACGAGAGCUCAGAUGAUGAGAAGCCACCUCCUGCUCCAGCCUCUGUCAGCACAGUGCCUUUCACAGGACUACCAGCAAAACCAGCCCCUCAUGCCCUAAUCCUGGAUAAGUUGCAAGAGCUCAACACAUCCAGUACUGCGGGUGAGGUGAUUGGCCUGCUCAACGACUACCUCUUCAGUGAACUGCCUCUCGACAUUGAGAAUGUGCAUAAAGGGGCAACAACUCUAAGUCACCUCAAGCGUACUCUGGGUGCUGCCUGCCAAGGUCUAAACAGUGAGAUUGAUCUGACUCUUUCAAGUCUGGAAACUCUGGCCAAAGUCUUUGACCAUCCAAGCUGCUCUUUAACACCCAACAAGGCACAGGGUCCAGAGAUGGAGAUGGACAGCCUGUUGUGUAAGAUUUCAGCCUUGGUCAGCCUCCUGUCUUCGUUGGAGAAAAAGGUACUGAAAGCAUUACAAGAUGCUGUGACCAAUCACAAUCUGGCAGUGCAGCAGAGCCCCCCUCCUCCUGAACCUGCUCCCACCAGUGUAACUCCUUUCAAGAACAAUGCCAGACAGCUGCCUGUCCACUCCUUUCAGGUGAAGAUGGUGAGGUAUGGCAGACAAACUGUUUCUGUGGAUGUGGACACAGGGGUGCUGCUUUUUGACAGGAAGGCUGGUUCAUUUGGUAUAGAGAGGGUCUCACAUGACAGAAUCCUUCAGAUUGUCAAGUUCCAAAGCAGUCCAGCUAAAGUACGCAUGGUGGUUGACAGCCACCACAACACACCGCGGGAGAUGACGUUUGAGAGUGCACGGAAAUGCGACUCCUUCUGCCAGCUGCUCCAGCUGAUGAAAACCAGGCACUCUCAGCGGAGUGAACCUGACGUGGUCUCUGUGUUUGUUGGCACCUGGAAUAUGGGUGGUUCCCCUCCACCUCGAAGCCUGCAGACGUGGGUGACCUGCUGUGGUUUGGGACACACCCCCGAUGAGUCGACAGCUUUGCUGCCUCAUGACAUCUACGCUUUGGGGACGCAGGAGAACCCUCAGGGGGAGAGAGAGUGGACAGAACAUAUCAAAGCAACCCUUCGCAGCUAUACUCACACUGACUUCAAACAAGUGGCAGUGCAGUCCCUCUGGAAUAUGAGGCUGGCGGUGUUUGUGAAGCCAGAGCACGAGAGUCGCAUCAGCCAUGUGAACACAGCCAGCGUGAAGACUGGCUUAGGGAACACUUUGGGAAACAAGGGAGCAGUUGGGAUUUCCUUUCUCUUCAAUGGGACGUCUUUUGGGUUUGUUAACUGUCACCUGACCUCUGGAAGUGAGAAAGUCCUCAGAAGGAACCAGAAUUUUGUAGACAUCCUCAGACUGCUCUCUCUGGGGGACAAACAGCUCGGAGCUUUUGACAUCAGCCUGCGUUUCACUCAUCUUUUCUGGUGUGGAGACCUCAACUACAGGCUUGACUUGGACGUACAGGACAUCCUGAAACAUGUAUCCAAAAGGGAGUUUGAAGAGCUUAUGUGUGCUGACCAACUGACACGAGAGAGACACAAGAGGAAGGCCUUUCUCAAUUUCAAGGAAGAGAAGAUUGCAUUUCCACCCACCUAUCGGUAUGAACGAGGCUCCAGAGACUGCUACCUGUGGCAAAAGUACAAGACCUCGGGAGUGCGAGUCAAUGUUCCAUCAUGGUGUGACAGGAUUCUGUGGAAGUCCUACCCAGAGACACACAUCAUCUGCACUGCAUAUGGUUGCACAGAUGACAUCUUCACAAGUGAUCACUCACCUGUUUUUGCCACAUUCCAAGUGGGAGUGACAUCACCUCCCGGCUCCAAAACAGAAUCAAAUUCCAGCACAGAGAGGGCCUGGAUUGAGCUUGAAGGCAUUGAAGCCAUUGUGAAAACGGCAAGCAAGGCAAAGUUCUUCAUUGAAUUUCAUUCCACGUGCCUCGAAGAGACGCGACGCUCCAGCGAGAAUGACUCACAGAGCUGUGAUGUUCCAGGUUUUCUCAAACUGGGCUGGUCAUUCAAACAACUGCCAAAGCUCCUUCCAAUAAUGUCUGACAUGGAGUACCUUAAGGAUCAACACCUGCUGUUGUCUGUGAAGUCAUGUGACGGGUUUGAGUCAUACGGUGAAUGCUGUGUGGCUCUGCGCUCACUCACCGGUGCAUCAGAGCAGUUUGAGACUUUUUUAAGUCACCGAGGUGAGGAGAUGGGCUCCAUACGAGGGCGGGUCAGGGUCCAUGUGCCUAAAGACAGGCGAGGAACACGGGAGAAGAUCUAUGAGUGGUUCUGUUUUGAGAAAGACGAUAAAGGUCCUGGGAGGGGACACAUGUCUCCUGCAACGACACGUAUCCCAAUGACCAGGUCCACCGCAGUCCCUCUCAAACUCACUCCAAGCAGCUACACCAACCCUGCUUACUUCAUCUUUGAAGGUGUGUCCGUGGCACGUAGGACGGAGGAGGCUCUCCCCCAGCGAAGAGACCCUCAGGUGAUCUGGUCUGGAAAUGAGGCCUUGCAGCUCCCAAAAGUCUCAGGGCGUCAGGGCUUUGACAGAAGACCGUGUAGAAGGUCAGACUUUACAGAGAUUGAAAUUCCAGCCAUCCUGCCUCAUUGCACUCCAACUAAUGACCUCCAUACAUCCCAAACCAACUCCUCCUAUCAGCUUUUCCCAGCCCAAAACCCAUCCCCCAUACCGCCACCCUCAAGUAAUGCCAUCACACAGUACCAGGAACAGACUGCACAACCUCGAGAUAAAUACCAGAGUAAAAAUAUUGGUAAGGACUCCAUAAAGCCUGAGGGCAAUGUAAGGAACUUGUAUAUGAAUCACUCAGCAAUCAUCAGGGAAAAAGCCAGAUGUGGACGACAUCAUCUUCCUCCAGAAAGGAGUAAUCCUAUUCAAGCAGCCAAGUCACCAUCAGCUUUCCCCUACACUCCCACUCGCUUAGCACAUUGUCAGAGCUCUGCUUCGUGGUUGGUGGAUCAGCAGCCUCCUGGGCCUACAGGAGACAACUCACUCACUGCUUUGCAAAUGGCCAAGUCUCUCAGCGAAGUAGACUUCUUCCCCACAGAGCAGAGAGGUCCUUCCAUACGCAACAAGAGGCCGAAUUACAGAAAUGGCCCUUCCAUACAUGGAGAUAGAGGCUACAGCUGGGAGAAAGAGGUCUCUGUCCUCAAAGGUGCACCAGAGACCGUGCGGGAGCUGCUUAGUGCCCUGGGCCUUCAAAAAUACACCUUGGGACUGAGCCUCAAUGGCUGGGAUGACCUGGAUUAUUUCAGCGGCAUCACUGAGGAGGACCUAUGUGCCGCAGGAGUAACAAACCCUUCACACCGACGCAGGAUCCUCGAGAACCUGCCAAGGAAUUGGAACUGACACAGAGAGCUGAAAAGCAAUGGUGGCACAAAGCCCUGUAAUCUGCUCUAUUAGAACUGGAAGAACUGUUAGAACUGAAAGGGAAGACAGGCCGAUUGAAUUAUUAGUCACAUCAGCUGGACAUUUCCACAGCCCUGCCUUUUUCAUUUACUCGAUCAAUACUGUAGCAAUAGUUUGUCUUUGUCAACGUGGCAAAGGGAACAGAAUGCAGGAGGUACUCAUUGCAAAUUCUGCAUUAUUCACCCAUCCAUCUUGAGAGAUAAUGAAAGAGGUGGAUAAAAUGAAUAGAAAGCCUUGAUAUCCAUCUGACAUGUACACAAAUAUUGAUUAAGGUAUCAAGGUCUCAUUGAUUUUGUUUUCAGUGAUUUAAAAAAAAAAAAAAAAAAAGACUAUAAAAAUAUAGUCCUUCAAUUUCCAGUGUUCACUCAGUGCUAGUGUUUGCCGUCCACUUUCAACCCUUCUACUGUGUGCUUCCAUUACACUGCACCUAUUGAGCCUGGACCUGAGCUUGUAAAAGCCCUCUAUUAAACCUAUAGAGCAUAAAAUCCAUCCAUAUCUACUGGAAGAUUGUCUGGAAAGCUGGUAUAGAACGGCCUGCCAUAUGUCAUUUUGUUUACUGUCUACUGUUACUAUCAUGUCACUUAAUCAGUACCUAUGUCCACUGUGCAUGUUUUAUGCAACGUUUAUAAAGUGCAUAAAGCAACUCUUGACUGUC